CGGCCGAUCACUUUCGCCAGCAACUGCUCACCACGCCGCCGGCGAUUGUGUAUACAGACAUGGCCAAUCCGACAGGUAUACAACGGGGCGUGUUCGCUGACAAGAAGUUCUUUAUUGUUCAACGUGUACCCCAACGAUCACAUUUCAUCUCGCUGGUCGAGGGGAAUGGCGGCAGAGUGGUCAAACUCGAGGCUCAAGCCGACUACCUGAUUGCCGACCACAUGCGACCCGAUGCUCCCGCCGGAUCCUUGUCUUACAAGUUCAUCGACGAAGUCAUCAAGAAAGGAGAAAUUCCCGAGGACGAAAGCACCUUUCUGGCCAAUCGCUCCAAGCCUACCAAGUCCGACGCAACCGCAGGCGCCUCUUCCUCGAAGAAGGCGACUCGAACUGCCUUCACCGAUGACGACGACAAGAUGCUGUACAAAUGGGUAGCCAAAGCACACGAAGAAGGUCUGGCUCUACAAGGCAACAAGCUAUACCAACAAUUGGCCGCUCACAACGACCGACACACGUACCACUCAUGGCGUGAUCGCUACAUCAAAGUACUGGAAGCGAAACCUCCUGCUGGCUGGGAAGACUAUCCCGACGAAAGACUGCCGGGUAUGGACGCCCCGAUCACAGACUUGUCAUCGACUGCUCUUCCUCGCUCCACUGCCACGCUCGACCGUUCAUCCAUAUCGCCGAGGAAAGCGCAUACAUUCUUCACUGACGAAGACGACCGCGAACUGCAGGAAUGGGUCUCGAGAUUUCCAACCAAACCACGAGUCCCAUUCACUGAAGAAGAUGAUCGAGUCUUGAGCAUGUGGGUAGAGAAGGCACAACAACGAGGUGAGCCACUGCUAGGCAAUGAGCUAUACAAGAAGUUGGCGGCCAAAAAUCCUCGUCACUCUUAUCACUCUUGGAGGGACCGUUGGAUCAAACACGUCUCCCUGAGGGUCUCCAUAGACGAGAUGGAUGAGGCCGCCCCUGUUCAGGACGAUAUCCCUUCUGCUCGCCCUUCUCCUUCACCCAGUCGUCCUUUCAGUCGACCUCCUGUCAGACAACCUGGAUUCAGAGUGCCCCCAGCAGCUUCAGCGUCUGCUGAAUCCCCUAUAAACGGCGAAAUUCCGUCUAUAGCACCACGCCCAGCUACAAGUCCCAGGAAACUGGUCACUUCGGCCGCUCCGCAGGCUUCCGCAUCAGCAUCUGCCCCGGGUUCAAUAGGACCUCCACCCACAAGCGCAAACUCGGGAGAAGAACCGAAAGCGCUUGCGGAGCCUGUUCGUAUGACUCGGCCUGCAGACUCUACAUCUCAGAUCUCAAGCCAGCGCAAGGCACAAUCUAACUCGACUAUCUCUCGAACAAACGGCUCUCCUGCCAAAUCCCAACCCGUCCAAUCCCGAAGACAACCUUCUUCCGUCCGCCACAGAUCUACACAGACCGAUCUUGAAAGUCGAAUCCAGGAUGAUCUAGACUUCACAAAGCAGGAGUUCGAGAGCCUUCUAUCUGUUGCCAUCGAUAUUCAAAACGUCUGCGUAGGCCGUUACCAAGAAUCAUGGAUCGCUUUUGCCAAGUCAAAUCCAACCCACAGUGCUGUUGAAUGGCGAUCUUUCUACGAAAGAAGAGUCUUGCCUGUUGCUCUGCAAAGAGAGAAUGACCCCGAAUACGUCAGCGCUCAGGAUGAUCAACGAUGGAUUGCAUUCUGGCAAAAUCAAGCUCAGCCGAUCGAGACUCUGCCGUACCAAAAGCAGGAUUGGACUGACGAGGACAAAGAGACCCUUGCAGUGGUGGAAGUAGAGAUUACGCCCCGUGCUUCGAAGACAGAUACCAAAACAGAGAAUGAUGUUGUUGAUGUAAUUUCCAAGCGCAAGGUAGAAUCUCUGGACGCCGCCGUGGAGCCAGAACAAACACCAAAGCGUCAACGUACGAUCGACUCGACUUCAGCUCCAGCCAGACUACCUGCUGCUCAAUUACUAAUCCAAGGGCAUGACGCCGGUAAUAUAAUCACUACCUCCAGUCAAGUCGCACCGUCGCCAAGUUAUCACUCUAAUACAGAUGAAGAGAUGGAAGAUGAAGAGAUUCGGGAUUCAGAAGUCCAAGAUGAUGAAGCUGCCGAACAGUUACAACGAGAGAUGGCGGAGAAUAAGGACAAACGACAUCAACUCACCAGAGCCAAUCUUGCACGUAUACAAGCAGAAAAUGGCUCACCCGAGGAGCAACGAGGCAUCGACAUAGAAAGAGAUGAUGAUAACGAUGAUCAAGGCCACUUUGCCGAUUAUCUCGGCGAGCUCUUGCCAGCUGCACUGAAAGCGAGGCUUCUCGAAACUGCCGAGACAAAAGACGACCAGCAUGACGAUGAUUGUAACGAAGAUGAUGACAGCGGCGAUGAUGAAGAUGAUGAUAUGCCCAUCACCAGAACUCAACAUGACGAAGAGCAAGCCUAUGACCCAGCAAUGCUAGAAGUCGAUCCGAAUCUUGAUGUCCCAUCCUAUCAGUCCUCGGCCGAAUUUGCCACCAACAAUACACAACUACGCCUUGAUGUACCUGAGACGCAACCUUGGGAAGUCUCAUCCGCACCUUCUCAGACUGAACGUCAUCGUCUCAGCACUCAAGCAAUGUAUGACAUCGAUGCCCAAUCCUUUGAUGCAGAUAUACCCGACCCACCUUCCGACGUCGAAGAAGACACCACACCCCACAAUGACACUGACUCACAGAUACUCGCCGACGAUGAAUGUUGGCCGUGGAUAGACUCUCAGAUUGCUCUUAGCUUCCCGGAAGACGUGGUAAAAGAAGCUCUUCGGGCCACGUCAUUUAACCCUAAACUCGCUGCUGAGGUGUUACAAGCUAGAGGUGGCAGAGUCAACUUGGCCGGGGUCUGGACGUCUGUAGAAGAUGAUAUUGCGGAGGGAGGGGAUGCUGGUGCUCUUCGAGCUUUGGAGGAGAAACAUGGAGUGGGGAGUGUGAUGAAGAGGUUGGCAUUUUUGAGGCAGUGGAGGGAGGAUGAGGAAGCUGCUGCAAUAGCUGAGAAUAAAAAUGAGACUGGAAAGUAGACCCGGAA